AUGACGAAAGAAGACGAAAAGAAAGAGAAGGAAAGAAUCAAGGAAGAAGAAAGAAAACGAAGGGAAGAAGAGAAAAGACGUAAAGAAGAAGAGAAGGAAGAAGAAAGAAAACGAAAGGAAGAAGAACGUCGUUUAAAAAAGGAAGAAAAGAAACAAAAAGAAGACCAAAAGAAAAAGGAAAAGGAACUUAAAAAACUCAACAAGAAACUAAAUGCUUCAUCAAAUUCAAGUUUUGAUGGUGCCCCUUCAACACCAACUUCUGAAUUAAAUGUUUCAAUUGGUGAUGUAAAUGGUGAUCCUUUGGGAGGUCUUUCCGAAACUGAACUAAAUGAAAAUAUUGAAAAGAUGUUAAAUUCUAUUGGAGCUAAGGAAGAUGUGAGAGAAGCAGUUCGUGCCAAUCAACCUGCAAUGAAAUAUAUUUUAUGGAAAACAUGGUAUGAACAGUCCAAUGAUGAUAACAUUAUUCCUUCCAUUGAAAAAUUGAUUGACAGAAUGAAUACAAGAAAGGAUCGUGAGACAAUGCAAGAUGUUUUGGUUAAAUUACGUAAUUCUACAGUUGCCUGGGUUGAUUCUUUUAUUGAUUGUGGUGGUGUGAAGAGUGUAAAUGAAAUUCUCUCCUCUACAAAUUUAUUGAAAAAGACAAAGAAUAAGGACGAUGAUACUCUACAAUGGUUAUGUUUGAACUGUUUACGUGCUGUUUUAAAUACUGAAAAGGGUUUAGCUGCAAUUGCACAUGACAAGACAAUCUUUUUCAAUAUGGCUCUAUUGUUGGAUUCUGAAAAUAUUGAAAUUAGAAUUCAAUGUUUAUUUAUUUUUGCUAAUUUUUGCUCUGAGGACAGUGUUGGAGAUGGUUACAAAAUUAUUCUCUCAUCAUUGGAGCAUUUCAAAUUUAUUAGACGUGAAAAGCAAAUGUUUGAAUUUUUAGUGACAAGUUUAGAAAAUCAAUUAGAUGUCACCUAUAUGACACACGUUAUUUUCUUAUUCAAUUCACUGUUAACAAAUGCUGAUCCAACUGAUACUAUUACACUCGCCAAUCAAUUGAACAGUUUGAAGGUAGUUGAAGUAAUCAGAGAACAAAUUCAAGGGAAACAAAUUGACGAUGAAGGUUUCCAAGUUCAAUUCCAAAUGUUCGUCGAAGAAAUGGAACAAGCUCUCAAAAAGAAUGUUGUCCAAAUUGAUACUAACGAUCCACACCAAAUUACCGAUCAUUUGAGAAUGAAAAUUCAAGGUACUCAAUCUAUGGAUAGUUUUAUGAGAAUUUUGAGACAUUUGCUCGUAUUUACCGAUGUUUAUGCAGCAAAGUUUACUCUUGAAGAAACUAUUGAAUUGUGGAAACAAGUGGAAUUGUCCGUUGAAAGAUUAAUUCGUGAAAGACAAUUUCUUGUUGAUAAUAUUCCUCAAACACCAACAUGUGAAACUCCAUCCUCUGCUACUCAACCUCUCCUUCUCAGUCCAUUAUUGAAGAAGAUGAGACAUGGUAAAUCAUUCAAGGACAAUACAACUACUGAUGGUGAGUCCAUAGAUGAAACAUCGGUAGAAGCUACAUCUGUAGCUGAAGAAGCUCUCCAUAAAAGAUUACUCGCUCAAGAUGAAACCAUUCAACAAUUACAAGCCGAAUUAAAGGAAAAGAAGGAAGAAUUGGAAUUACUUAAACAAGCUGGAGAAAGUGUUACUGGUCAAGUUGAAAAGGAAAAGCAUGAAAAGGAGAUUGAAAGACUUCAAGAUAAAAUCAAUACUAUUGAAUCAGAGAACCAAACCUAUCAAAAGAUGAUUUCCGUUCUUGAGGAUACCAAGGAAAAGCUUAAAGAAAAGGUCAAAUCACUUAAAUCUAAACCUAACGAAUCCCCAAUUGGAAAUAGUCAAGAAUUUUUCAAACUGAAAGACAAAGCUCAACAAUUAGAACUAACCAUCACUAAACUCACUACUGAUAAUGAAAAUUUGAAGAAGCAACUUGAAGAAAGUAAGAAGAAAAUAGAGGAAAGUAAGAAGGAAAUUGCAGAAAAAAAGAAAGAAAUUGAAGAAAGAAAGAAAGCUGCUGAAUCUGUAUCCACUACUGUUGUGACUGCUGUUCCACCACCUCCAGGUUCUACAGGAUUCGUCCCACCACCUCCAGGUGAUAUGACUGGUGUUCCUCCUCCACCUGGCUCAACAGGAUUUGUUCCUCCUCCACCUGGUGGUGUCUCAGAUUCUGUACCUCUCCCUCCUGGAUCAACUGGGUUUGUUCCACCACCUCCAGGUGGUUUAACUGGAGGUGUUCCUCCUCCACCAGGCAUGACUGGUGUUCCUCCUCCUCCUGGAAGUGGUAUACCUCUUCCUCCAGGUGUUGGUGUUCCUCCUCCUCCUGGAAUGACUGGUGUUCCUCCUCCACCAGGUGGUGGUGUUCCUCUUCCUCCAGGUAGUACACCUCCUCCGCCAGGUAGCUUCUUACCUCCUCCACCAGGAUUUAUGAAACCUCCAAAUGCCAUGCCAGCUCUUCCUAAACUUCCAGAUUUCAAAUCAAAUGCCAAACUUCGUGCCUUCCACUUUGGUAAUAUUCAAAAUAAGAGUGUUCCAGAAACUAUCUUUGCCAAAUUCAAAAUUAUUGAUCAAACUCAUACAAUUUUACGUGAUUUGGACACUGCAGAAUUUGAGGAAACUUUUGGAAUUAAGGCAAGUGCAACUCCUGGUACAGGUACAACUGCUGAACCAAAGAAGGAAAAGAUUACUCUCAUUGAUGGAAAGAGAUCUCACAAUAUCAGUUUACAAUUAGGUUCAUUGCGUGGUAUUCCUUAUCCAAAAUUAAAACAAGCCAUUCUCGAGUUGGACGAAUCUGUAGUGACACCUAAUAAUAUUUCAACUAUCAAGCAAAUUGUUCCAACAGAAGAAGAAUCACAACUUUGUGUAGAUUAUGAAGGUGAUCGUGAUGAACUUCAAGUUGCUGAUUUGUUCUUUAUUGAAAUGCACGGAAUUCCAAAGAUGGUUGAUAGAUGUGAAGCUUGGGAAUUCAAGAUGAAAUUUGAUGAAGUUAUUGCUGGUAUUGAACCAGUAAUUGGCAAUAUUAGAAAGGCAUGUGCUGAAUUGGAAAGUUGUGAUCAAUUCCACAAAAUUUUGGGUGUUAUUUUAACUCUAGGUAACUUUUUAAAUAGUAGUAGCAAGAAGGUAGCUUAUGCUUUCAAGAUGGCAUCACUUGCCAAGUUGAGCGAUACCAAGGCAGCUAAUGGUAAAUCCAGUUUAUUGACCUACUUGGUUAAAUUUAUUCAAGAAAAGUAUCCAGAAUUGGAAACCUUCUAUGAAGGGUUGACUUCCGUCAGUGGUGCCACACGUGUUGCUAUCGGUUCAAUUAAGGAUGAUAUUCAACAAACUAAUACUUCCAUCAAUAAGCUCAAGACUCUGUAUGAACAGUGUGCUAAGGAUCCAUUGGAAGGGGAUAAAUUCCCAUCUGUUAUGGGUUCCUUCUUGGAGAAGGUUUCAACAAAAAUCAAAACAGUUGAAGACAAUUAUGCCGCUAUGAUGACAGAAUUGAAGAAUGUUGCCCUCCUUUACAAUGAAGCUGAAUCUGACAUGCAAAAGGAACCUGACAAAUUCUUCCAACUCAUUGAUGGAUUUGUCAAGAGUUUCAACGAUACUAAGGAAAAGUUGAGAAAGGAAAGAGAAGCCGAAGAAAAGAAAAAGAAGAAACAAUUACCAACUCCAACCAAAGCUGGAGGAAUUGGUAUCAACACUUCAGGUAUCAAUAGAGGAACAAGAUCUCCAUCCACGAAAACUCCACAAUCUCCAGGAGCUGUCUCUCCUAGUGAUGAAAGAGGUGGUUUUGAUAAGAAGGGUGCACUCUUAUUGAAGAAUGCUGAACUUUUGAGAAAGAGAAGAAAUACUAAAUUGAAUAGUGUCGAUUUAGAUAUGGAUACAACCUCACCUCCAGCUCAUACAAGAACUCCAAGUCAAUUGAGUGGUCAAUUGAGCAUGGGAGCUUUUUUAAAUAAGCAUAUUGCUAAUAAUAAUAGUGGUAGCAGCACUCAAUAAACUGCUAAUAUCUUUA